AACGGAGUAGGGACUGUACUGUUAGUGUUACACUUUGUAGAUGUACUCACCAUUAGAGGAAAAAGUGUGCGAAGAGGCUAGAGCCUUUGGGUUAAAGGCAGUAAAAGAUGAUUUUGUGAGUAACUUUUUAAAAGCCAACCUUCCAAGGAAACGGUUACGGAAAGGGGAAUUGGAAAAUAUAGAACACUUCAGACAGAAUUUGGACAAUAAACGCCCCAAGAAAAAGUCAUUUCCAGUGUCAAAGAAAAAGAGCCUUACAUCUCGAGAACGACGAAAGUUGAAGUUGUUUGACCUUCCAAAGGAAGGCCAAAAAUUUGAGACUUACCUUCCAAUGCAUGAGCUGUGGAAAGAUUACAUGAGGCAAACACUAGGCCUAGCAGAUAAAAGCAAAUCCUUUGUUCAGCACAACUGUGAAAGCAUAUUAAAAGCAGACUUUCAUGGGUGUUUUUUAACUGUAUCAAAAUCCUGCUGUCCUUCCUACAUUGGUGCUACUGGUAUUGUUAUUAUGGAAACAAAGAAUACCUUUAAAAUUAUCACUAAACAGAAUCAUGUUAAAUGCAUUCCAAAGAGAAACAGUGUUUUCAUGUUUGAAAUUGAUGGACAUUAUAUAACCCUGUACGGAAACAAUUUCUGUUGCCACCCAGUACUGAGAUCAACAUAUAAAUUUAAACCAAAAAAAUAUGUUGCAAUAUAAAUAAAUCUUUCAAAAGUUAA